AUGCUUGAUGCGGGGAACCGAGACCGAGACACAGUAGGUGCUUCGAUAUUGGUCCGUGUGUUUGUAGCCAUGGCGUGCCUCCUUCGGCCGCUCCAUCUGCCUCACGGAGCGUAUUUCCCGGCCACUGCCAUCUUCGCGCGCGCGUGCUUUACAACUGCUCGCUCCUCGUCGCUCUCUCGAGCCCACUCUUCUGUUAAGCCUCCCUCGCAUUACCAUCUCUCGACGUCUCAAUGGUCGUCAACAGCAGCAACAGAAAGGACGGUUGCAGCCGCUUUAAGCGCUUGCCAAGGCCCUUCUCUCGUUAGCUGCGGAGGCGCUAACCCCCUGUAUGGCCCGGUGAAGCCGCUCGAUAGAAUCACGGCGUCCGCUCGGCUUUCCAGAGGGAGCAGUAGCAUCGCGUCGUGUGCGGAUCGGAUUGAGAUUUCCAGCGCACCUGCAGCGAUUUGUGGGCCUAGCUACAGCCGUUGCUGCUGGCACGGAGGGGCCGGCCGGCCGGCCGGGGAGUCGAGACGGGAAGUCCGGUCUGUUGCGACGUCGCCGGUGGUGCAACGGCUGCAGGAGGGGGAGGUAGCGCAAGUGGAAGGGGAAACGGGGAGAGAUGCGGAGGAUGGGGGAAGCACACGCGCGGGGUCGACAGGUGAUAGUGUGGAAGGCGAGACCGGCGGUAUUGACGAGACUGAGGCGGCGGUAAUGGCAGCGCUUGAGCAAGGGUUGGGGGGGCCGUUGAGCAGAGAGGCGGUGGUGCCGCCGCCACAGCCGCUGGUGGUGGUGAUUAGCGGGCCCAGCGGUGUGGGGAAAGACGCUGUCAUCAAGUGCCUGCAAGAAACCCGCCCUGACAUCCAUUUUGUCGUCACGGCAACAUCCCGGGGGCGCAGAGCCGGCGAGGUGGAUGGCCAGGAUUACAUCUUUGUGUCGCGUGAAGAGUUUGAGGCGAUGAGGGAUGGGGGCGAGCUUCUGGAGCAUGCUGUUGUGUACGGCGACUAUAAGGGCAUCCCCAAGAAACAGGUGCGAGACUCAUUGGCGCGUGGCACAGACGUGGUACUGCGGAUAGACGUGCAGGGAGCAGCCACCAUGCGCUCGCUCCUCGGGUCCUCUGCUGUGUUUGUCUUCCUAGUGGCCGAGACCGAACACGCCCUGGUGCAGCGCCUGGUGCGCAGGAAGAGCGAGUCCGUGGAGAAACUGCUGGUGCGCGUGGGCACGGCGCGAGAGGAGCUGGGGCGACGAGGGGAGUUUGACUAUGUGGUGGUGAAUGCGGAGGGGCAGUUGGAGGCCACUGUGGACACGCUGUGUUCGAUCAUUGACGCGGAGAAGCUUAGAGCGCAUCGCCCUACUUUGCUAGAGCUAGCCGCCAUAUCUCUCCAAUCACGCAAUCCGACCAGUGUGCAAUUCGUUGUGCUUCCCUUGGUUCCUCCGCUCUCUCCGGCAUACAUUGAAAUUUUGUCCUUCGACCCACUAGACCACGUCCUAAACGCUUCUAUGGCGUUCGCUUCGUACGCGGCUCACCAAUUGGCGGCUUCCUCCAGCUUUCUGGCUGGGUCGUCUCUACCUUCCAACAGCAGAGGGUUCGCCAGCAGGAGCGCCCGGCCCUCUUUGACCGUCAGAGCAAAUGUGGAUGUGAGCCCGGAGGACCAUGCUUUGGAGAUUAUGCGGAAGUUCAGCGAGCAGUACGCGCGACGCACGGGCACAUAUUUCUGCGUUGAUAAGGGUGUGACGUCCGUGGUGAUUAAGGGAUUGGCGGAGCAUAAGGACACUCUCGGAGCGCCAUUGUGCCCGUGCAGGCACUAUGAUGACAAGGUGGCUGAGGCGCAACAAGGCUUCUGGAAUUGCCCAUGUGUGCCGAUGAGGGAGAGGAAGGAAUGCCACUGCAUGCUCUUUCUCACGGAGGACAAUGACUUCGCUGGAAGAGAGCAGGCUAUUACUUUGAACGAGAUUAAGGACUUCACAGCUGGUUUCUAG